UCAACGUGAACGAUUUUAUUUUAUCAGCUGUGUAUAACACAUAUUUUUUUAUUUUUACGUUGAAUCGAUGUGCGAAUAAUGUCGAAAUUAAUCAAAUUUAGUAUUGUUUUGUUGUUAGUGGCUUCGGUAGCGAGUGCCGUUCCAAUUGAAAAUAAAGAGUCUGCAUUGGAUUUCAUCCUGUUGCACAAUAAUGAUUUGCACGCACACUUCGAAGAAAUGUCAGAUUCCGGCAGUGAAUGUUCACCGGAAAGGGCUCUAGAACACAAAUGCUACGGCGGCUUUGGGCGAGCUGCAACUCUCAUCAAACGAUAUCGAGCCGAUCAUCAGACAAGGAAUGGGUUGCCGGUUCUGUUUCUAAAUGGAGGUGAUACAUACACGGGAACACCUUAUUUUCAAAUGUUCAAAGACAAAAUUGCAUCGGAAUUCAUGAACAUAUUGAAACCGGAUGUUGCCUUAUUGGCCAAAUAUCGUCCAAGUGUUGAAGCUCUAACCAAAGAUAUUAUUACCUAUUCAAAAGUUGAAUUGAAAAAUGACUGUCGUGAUUGCGAUUGUAAUAUUGGAAAUUUGAUAACUGAUGCAUUUGUCUAUAAUCGAGUACAAAUGUAUGAUAGAUCAGAUGCCGCAUGGACGGAUGCUUCAAUUGCUUUUAUCAAUGCUGGAGCAAUUCGUAGUGGUGCUACAAUUGGAAAUCUUUCAAAAUUCACACUUUCAACAAUAUUACCAUUUGAUGAUAGAUUGCAUAUUGUGCACAUUCCUGGACGUGAAGUGAAAAAAACUUUAGAGCAUACAAUGAAAGGAUUCGUACUUGGUGAUUAUACGCGAGGCUAUUUGCAAAUGUCUGGUGUGCGUGUCGUUUACAAUCUGCAGAAAGAAGAAGGCCAACGUGUUCAUUCUGUUGAAGUGUUGUGCGCCAACUGUACUGCACCGACAUACGAACCACUUGAUGAACAGAAAACCUAUGGAGUUAUUCUUAGUACAUUCAUAUUUGAAGGGGGUGAUAGUUUUUCUAUGUUCAAAUCGUAUAAUGCGGUCGAUACGAAGAUCAAAAUGGCAGACGCAGUUAUUAAUUACAUACGUCGCUUUGAAUCGAUCUAUCCAGCAAUCGAAGGACGAAUUAGAUUCAUUGGAGUAAAUGAGGUUAUUGAUAACGUAUCUACCUCUGCAUCGAAUGUAGUGACACCAUUUUCAGUUGUUAUGCUGAUUGCAACAACCCUGUUGCUUUUUGCAAUUUUUUUUUAUUCAAUAAUAUCAUAGUUAGGUAAAGAUUCGAAGUAUUAAACCAAAAAUU